AGCAGCUGCAGCACCGGCGGCUGCAGCAGCGCCAAGAAUUGUUGCAGCAGAGGCGGAGGCUGCUCCUGGACGCGUCCGGGCCGCGCAGCCCGAGCCCCAGCCCGGAGGCAUCAGGCGGUGCACUGGGUGCUGCGGCUGCCGCUGCGCGCCAGCUGCCGCCCGGGCCCCCGCUACCACCCGGGCCCCGGCCGCCGCCCGCGCCCCAGUGGACCCCGCCCGCUUGUGCGCCCCAGCCGGGACGCCGCCCCCGGCCGGGUCUCCACUUCUCGGCCGCACCGCCCAUGACAGCGCCCGCGCGAAGAUGGCUGCGAAGGGCGCGCACGGCUCCCACCUGAAGAUAGACAGUGAACUGGAUCGCUGCCGCGCCGAGGGCCACUGGGACCGCGUGCCCGAGCUAGUCCGGCACAUGCAGACGCUGGUCCUGUCCAGCGGCGGAAGCAACCGACGAGCCAUCCCGAGCGCCGUGUUCACUUCCCUGGACACCGAUGACUUUGGAAAAUUACUCUUGGCUGAGGCCCUCCUGGAGCAGUGUUUAAAGGAGAAUAAUGCCAGGAUAAAAGACUCCAUCCCUUGGCUGGAGAAGAAUGAGCCAAAGAUGAAUGAAGCCAGAAACCAUCUAAGUAGUAUCCUUAACCACGGAAAGCUGUCGCCACAGUACAUGUAUGAGGCCAUGCUUAUCCUGGGCAAGCUGCACUACGUGGAGGGCUCGUACCGAGAUGCCAUCAGCAUGUAUGCGCGGGCUGGGAUUGACGACAUGUCCGUGGGGAACAAGCCCCUGUAUCGGAUGCGGCUGCUGGCAGAAGCGUUUGUCAUCAAAGGCCUCUCCCUGGAACGCCUACCCAACUCCAUCGCUUCCCGCCACCGCCUGACCGAGAGGGAGGAGGAAGUGAUCGCCUGCUUCGAGAAGGCCUCCUGGAUUGCUCAGGUGUUCCUGCAGGAAUUAGAGAAGAUCACAAAUAACACCACAUCACGGCAUCUGAAAAGUUCCCACCCAGUUGACUAUGAGCUCACCUACUUCCUGGAAGCCGCCCUCCAGAGCGCUUAUGUGACAAACCUGAAGAAGGGGAACAUCGUGAAAGGCAUGCGGGAGCUCCGGGAGGUGCUGCGGACCAUGGAGACGAAAGCGACUCAGAACUUCAAAGUGGUGGCGGCCAAGCACCUGGCGGGGGUCCUGCUGCACUCCCUGAGUGAGGAGUGCUACUGGAGCCCCCUGUCCCACCCUCUGCCCGAGUUCAUGAGCAAGGAUGAGAAUUCCUUCAUCACGCAAGCCCUGCGGAAGCCUCACCUCUACGAAGGAGAUAACCUCUACUGCCCGAAGGAUAACAUUGAGGAAGCCCUCCUGCUGCUGCUCAUCAGCGAGUCCAUGGCUACUCGGGAUGUGGUGCUGAGCCGGGCGCCAGAGCAGAAGGAAGACCGCGCAGCGAGCCUGCAGAAUGCGGCGGCCAUCUACGACCUCCUGAGCAUUACGCUGGGCAGGAGGGGGCAGUACGUCAUGCUGUCUGAGUGCCUGGAGCGAGCCAUGAAGUUUGCCUUUGGAGAAUUCCACCUUUGGUACCAAGUGGCCCUCUCCAUGGUGGCUUGCGGGAAGUCGGCCUAUGCCGUGUCGCUGCUGCGGGAGUGUGUAAAGCUGCGGCCCUCAGACCCCACUGUGCCCCUGAUGGCUGCCAAGGUCUGCAUCGGAUCCCUGCACUGGCUGGAGGAGGCGGAGCACUUUGCCACAAUGGUGAUCAACCUUGGCGAGGAAGCUGGGGAAUUUCUCUCCAAGGGCUACCUGGCGCUGGGUCUCACCUACAGCCUGCAGGCCACUGACGCAACUCUGAAAUGCAAGCAGGAUGAAUUGCACCGGAAAGCACUGCAGACACUGGAGAGAGCCCAGCAACUGGCGCCUGGCGACCCCCAGGUCAUCCUCUAUGUCUCCCUGCAGCUGGCCCUCGUCCGACAGAUCUCCAGCGCCAUGGAGCAACUGCAGGAGGCCCUGAAAGUGUGCAAGGAUGAUGCCAACGCCCUCCACCUGCUGGCACUCCUCUUCUCUGCCCAGAAACACUACCAGCAUGCACUGGACGUCAUCAACAUGGCCAUCACGGAGUACCCAGAGAACUUCAACCUGAUGUUCACCAAGGUGAAACUGGAGCAGGUACUGAAAGGCCCAGAGGAAGCCCUCGUGACCUGCAGACAAAUGCUGCGGCUGUGGCAGACCCUGUACAACUUCUCCCAGCUGGGAGGCCUGGAAAAGGAAGGCAGCCUCGGAGAGGGCCUCACACUAAAGAAGCAGAGCGGCAUGCACCUGACUCUGCCUGAUGCCCAUGACGCAGACUCUGGCUCUCGGCGGGCAUCAUCCAUCGCGGCCUCCCGGCUGGAGGAGGCCAUGUCCGAGCUGACCAUGCCCAGCUCCGUCCUGAAGCAGGGCCCCAUGCAGCUGUGGACCACGCUGGAACAGAUCUGGCUCCAGGCUGCUGAGCUAUUCAUGGAGCAGCACCACCUGAAGGAAGCAGGUUUCUGCAUCCAGGAGGCAGCAGGCCUCUUCCCCACCUCACACUCGGUACUCUACAUGCGGGGCCGGCUGGCCGAGAUGAAGGGCAGCUUGGAGGAGGCCAAGCAGCUGUACAAGGAGGCUCUCACAGUGAACCCCGACGGCGUGCGCAUCAUGCACAGCCUGGGUCUGAUGCUGAGUCGGCUGGGCCACAAGAGCCUGGCCCAGAAGGUGCUGCGGGAUGCCGUGGAGAGGCAGAGCACCUGCCACGAGGCGUGGCAGGGCCUAGGAGAGGUGCUGCAGGCCCACGGCCAGAGUGAGGCUGCAGUCGACUGUUUCCUCACCGCUCUUGAGCUGGAAUCCAGCAGCCCGGUGCUGCCCUUCUCCAUCAUUCCCCGAGAGCUCUGACACCGCCCUGCAGCAUCAGGGAGAGAGGGGGCUGCCCGGGUGGCGGGGAGGCAGGCACAGGCAGGCAGCAGGGGGCCUGGCUCAGGGAAACUGUGGGGCCUCAGGGAAAUACAUCUCUAGGGAACACUUCUGCAGGCUGCAGGCCUAGUUCGCCUCGCCUCCCCUACCCCACCCCUACCUUUCCUCCAGGGCCAGCUGGGUGUGGGAGCUGCUCAUCUGGAGCUGGGUGGACCAGAUUUGCAUCAAAAGCAAAUUCCUUGUUCCUUGGGACAUUGUGGCUUUUAUGAGCAAGGAAGUAUCUGGGAGGCCACAUCGACAUGGGAGGGCCCUCCCCGGAGUUUCUGUGCAUCACCUACAUGUGCAGUGAGGGUGUGUGCGGCUUGGAUACCUCCCCCUACCCAUCUGGAAACCCCUGGACUGGCCCUGCCACCCUCCUUCAAUAUCCCUGACCCUGGAUUUCCAGCUUCGCACAAUCUUUAGUCUCAAAGCUCAGCUCACUGCCAACACCAAAGAUGAGCACCCUGAACUGCCCUCUGGCUGGGCCGAGGCGGUUUUCCUGGGUUCUUUCCUCCGCGAGGCAGUCUGCUUGACCCCGAAGUGACUUAGAGUUGUGGUGACUGGACUUGCUCCCCGAGAGCCUCACAGCUGUACUUCACCCCACCCAGGCCUCUGUGCCUUGGGGAGCCCCGCGGCCCUCGGCCCACGCCUGUCUCAGGACAAGGUUUUGGAUCACUCUCAGGUCUUGCCCAUGGCAGUCACGGCUUGGAGAAUCUGCUGGCAAGUGGGAAGAGGAUGUACCUCUGGGUUCCUUUCCCAGACUUCGAGUUGGUGGGUGCUGCCCAGUGUUGCCCUUCUUUGCCCGGUGAGGCCAGUUGGGUCUCACCGUGC